UGCUCCAAUUAGGGUUUUUCCUCCUGCAACUGACACUGAUUGUUAAAUGGGGCACCACCACUAAUGCAACAUUUUUCCAGUACAACUGAGGUAGGAAAGAAGUUGGUAGUGUUAGUGCCAAGUCUUCUACUGUUAAGCAAUAAUUUCAAUUCCAACUUCUGGGUCAAAUUUAGGUUUCUUGUGGUUGUAAGAUAAAGUAAUGAAGGUGUUUGCUUGUUCACCUCAGUUUGUGAGUUGGGCUUGAUCUCAGUGGAAGCUAGUGAAAUAUCUUGGAGUUGCAUAUAGGUGACACUUUGUUUGAUCCAUGGAAUUGGAAGUAGGUUACAAGUGAUGGUUUUUGGCAUGCCCAUUUUCUAAAAUGUCUUGGGUUCAAUCUCAAAUCAAGCAGAAAAUUUGUCUUCUGAGCUUUCAGCUUCGUUCUCUACUUUCUUCUUCCUCUCCUCCUCCUUCUACUUACUCUCCAUUGCCAUAUCAUAGUGAUUAUCGUAAGCAAUCAACCCCAUCUUCAUCGUCUGGUAGUAAAAUAAGUCCUGUUGUUUUGUUCAUCAUAGUUAUCCUUGCUGUCAUAUUUUUCAUAUCUGGUCUUCUUCACUUGCUUGUUAGAUUUAUCUUGAAGCAUAGAUCUCCCUCAUCGGUAUCUGAAUCCGACAGAUACCCUGAAAUGUCGGGGUCUGAUGCUUUCCAAAGACAGUUACAGCAACUCUUCCACCUUCAUGAUUCAGGUCUAGAUCAGGCUUUCAUAGAUGCCCUGCCUGUGUUUCUGUACAAGGAGAUAAUGGGUUUGAAAGAGCCAUUUGAUUGUGCAGUCUGUCUUUCUGAAUUCUCUCUAAAGGACAAGUUGAGGUUGCUUCCUAUGUGUAGUCAUGCUUUUCACAUUGAUUGUAUAGACACAUGGUUACUGUCUAAUUCAACUUGCCCUCUUUGUAGAGGAACCCUUUUCACACCGGGGUUUCCUUUUGAAAACCCAGUUUUUGACUUUGAAGAUCCAAGGGAAGAAGAUGGAUUACCAAGCAAUGAAGGAAGGGGGAUUUCUCUUGGUCCAAAACCAGCUGCGAAUGAUAUUGGAAAGAGGGUCUUUUCAGUUAGACUUGGGAAAUUUAGAAGCUCUAAUGAUGGAGCGGAAGGAGAUGGGGGUGGUGGGGUGGUAAGAGAAGAGGGAGAGAGCAGCAGCCGUGAUUUGGGUGCAAGGAGGUGCUACUCAAUGGGGUCAUACCAAUAUAUUGAAGCUGAUCUGGAGUUGCAGGUGGCCUUAUGCCGCAGUAGAGGUGGUAAUACAAGUUCUAGUGUAAGGUUUGUGAGAGGGAGAGGUGGACAAAAUGAGAAUUCUUCAAAUGAUGCAGAUGUUGAGGGGAAGAAGAUCAGCCUCAGAAGUAAAGGUGAAAGCUUUUCUGUUUCCAAGAUAUGGCAAUGGUCUAAGAAGGGUAAAUUUCCAAGUUCUUCAGAUACAUCUGUAGGGUCUUCUUCUGGUACAGUUGGUUUGCCACGGAAUGAUGGUAGAACUCAGGUUACAUGAAGGUAUUUACUCUUUGUACUUCAUUACAUUAAUGGAUCCAUUUCUUUAAAGCUUCUCUUUUUGGGAUUUGCUUUCUUUUUCCUCUAAGAAUUAAUUCUUUCCUGCAAAUUCCAAAGCAACCUCUAUAAAAUAUAAUGCUUUUU